UUGCCCGCGAUCUGUUGAAGACAACACGUCUUUCGAGUUUUCAGUGCAAAGUUAUUUGUGUUUGUGUGAACCACAUCAGUCUUAGCGUGUUAUUUCCGUGGAUUGCAUUGAAUACACAAUUCGUAAAAUCUCUAACAGUGUAAAGUGUUAUAAAGUGAAACUAUCAAUCCUAAAGUGAAACAGAAUCAAUCCUAAAGUGAAACACAAUUAAUCCUAAAGUGAAACACAAUUUUUCCUAAAGUGAACAUGUAACAAAAUGUCGUUCCUAAACAUAUUAAAAAAGAAGAAAUGUGAUACACCUAGUAUUUAUUCUAUGGUAUCGUGCAGUGACCUAACUCCAGGCAGCCUUGAAGUGUGGCUUGAUCUACCGGAUUCCAUCAAAUACGAUCCAGCACUUGCGCCGUUCCAGCAGCUAUACGAACAGAGGCAUGGCAAAUUGGAAUCACCAGAAAUUGUUACCGAAGAAAAUCACAACAUCUUCACAAGAAAGACGUCUGAAAUAUUCCACCAUGAUCAUAAAGAGGACAACAAACAUGGAAGGACAUUGGAUCAAAAUCAUAAGAAAGAUGAGAAGGCACAAAAAUCUGCUAAAAAGAAACAGUGCCUAAAAACAUUACGUAUACUGAAGUUGUCAGGGUUAGUAGCGUGCUGGGCGCUGCUCACAGUAGCAUUGCUACUCAAUCGAGAGAAAGUUGAUGUAGUGCUACAUACUGCUGUUAAUAGUGGGGAAAUUAAAGAAUACCACCUAGAUACAACAAAUUCAACAUUCCGAGUAUCUGUAACGCUCACAGGCCCGUUUGGUGAUUCCACGAAUAAAACCAAUCAUUUAACGGUUUGGUUACAUAGAAGUAUGGCGAAUUAUAGCCAGGAUUCCCAGAAGUGGAAGGUAUACCUGCAACCUGACGAAGACCUGGAUUUCUCUCCAAGUGCAUCAGAAACCAAAACACUAACUUUACCGGGUAAACAGAAUUCCAGGAUAAAUUCUAGCGGGCUGGAAGAUUUGGAAAGUCAUGGAAUUAAUGACACAGUAACACUCCGAAUGAUAAGCACAAGCGAGCACACAGUGCCUCUCACUCUAACCUACCAAGUGGAUCCGUUGUCAGAAGAGGACGGCAUUAUCUAUUCAGCUGUUUUACUCUUACUACUGUAUUUUUUAAUUAUUUUUGAGGUAGUAAACCGAACAAUAGCUGCCCUGUUAACCUCAUCCCUUGGAGUAGCAGUUCUGGCCAUCAGUGGCUCCAGACCCACACUACUGGAGCUGGUCUCCUGGCUGGAUGUGGAGACGCUGCUGCUGCUGUUCAGCAUGAUGAUCCUCGUCGCCAUACUUGCAGAGACUGGGCUGUUUGAUUACCUGGCUGUUGUCGCUUUUGAGGUCACAGGAGGCAGAACUUGGCCGCUGAUCAACUGCCUCUGUUUCUUCACGGCUUUUUUCUCCACUUUUCUGGAUAAUGUCACCACUGUGCUUCUAAUGACACCUGUCACUAUACGAUUAUGCGAAGUGAUGCAACUAAACCCGGUCCCAGUACUAAUGUCUAUGGUGAUAUUCAGUAACGUGGGGGGGGCGGCCACCCCUGUGGGAGAUCCCCCCAAUGUGAUCAUAGCUAGCCACCCCUCUGUAUUGGCUGCGAACAUUAAUUUCACGAAUUUUACACUACACAUGGGUGUCGGCAUUUUGUUUGUUUGCAUCCAAACAUACCUCCAGAUCCGGUACAUCUUCAGAGAUAUCAAUACGUUGAGACACACAGUACCAAGGCAUAUUGUUGAACUGCGUCAAGAAGUAGCAGUAUGGAAGCGAGCAGCCGCCUCUCUGACGUCAUACUCUAGAGAUGAGGACAUUGUGAAGAGGGCUUUAGAGAAAAAGGUGCAGAGAUUGAACACAAUGCUCAUGAAGAGAGAGUCCGGGAAAAGCAAAACUGAUCCAAUGUUCUGUUCCAAUCUAGCUCAGAUGAAACAAAAGUAUCGAAUCCGAGACACCCAGUUGUUAAUCAAAGCUUCAAUUUGUGUGACAUUUGUAGUUAUUGUGUUCUUCCUUCACGCCAUACCACAGUUACAAAGUCUAUCUCUAGGCUGGACAGCAUUACUAGGAGCUAUAUUAUUAUUACUUUUAGCUGAAAGAGAUGAUUUAGAGCCAAUUUUAGCGAGAGUAGAAUGGUCCACUUUACUGUUCUUUGGAGCUUUAUUCGUUUUAAUGGAGGUAUUAUCAAAGCUAGGCCUAAUAUCGUGGAUAGGAAGAUUAACUGAAGCUGUCAUUAUGAAAGUCGGUGAAGAGUCACGACUUGCUGUCGCUUUGAUGCUGGUUUUAUGGGUAUCAGGUCUAGCCUCAGCAUUUGUAGACAACAUCCCGCUCAGCACUAUGAUGGUGCGGGUGACGGCCGCGCUGUCGGCGGGCGGGCUCGGCCUGCCGCUGGCCCCGCUCGCGUGGGCGCUCAGCUUCGGCGCUUGCUUGGGCGGUAAUGGGACAUUAAUCGGCGCAAGCGCGAACGUAGUAUGCGCAGGAGUAGCGGAACAGCACGGUUACCGAUUCACAUUCAUGCAGUAUUUAAAAAUCGGUUUUCCGGUAAUGAUCGGAAAUCUUAUUGUAGCUUCGUUUUAUCUUUUAUUCUGUCAUGUACUGUUUACAUGGCAUUAGCGAUCUUAUUUAGUUAGAAUAAGGUUGAAAUUUUAUUUUAUUGUGUAGUAUUUAAAUGUAUUUUAGUUUAAUAGUAAUGUGAUAAGAAGGAAUAUUAUUUGAUUUUUUAUAACUGAUUGUAAGGCUGGUUGCAGAGCUUGACCGACCUUCAGUGCGUACGUCAGUCGCGCUUGUCAUAUGUAUGGAAAUU